GACUGAUUAACUUUUUUAUGGUAAUCAAAAAAAAAUCGUUUCUAUAAAUUCAAUGUUAAGUAAGCCUCAAAGUAUACAAAUUGAAUUGAAGAAAGCAAAACCAAUCUAGUAGGCUUUUACUAUAUAGAACAACAAAACGAAACGUUCAAAAAGCAUAACCUAUAUUUCCACUUCAAUAAAAUGGAUAAAUAUGAGAAAAAGGAUAUUGAUUUCAAAGUUGAACGCGAAACACAGCAGACUGAUGCUCGCACCUAUGGAUUUAUGAAGACCACAAGGUCGGAUACUCCCAUCCCCUUGGCAAGAAAGAAUAUCGUUCCCAUUGCAUUAAUGGAGAGGCUGAGCAGCCUAAACGCAAUUAAGUCGCCAACUAGUGACAACGGGGAAGGGUUAAGUGAAGAGCAGUCAUCGUCAUCGUCAUGUUCAAAAGCAUCAAACAAAAUGACCUUUGAAAUGAAACGGACUUUUGAUGAAGCCGAGUUCACCAUAACACGAGGUCAGAAACUCAGUGAUGUCUUUCAUCCCGGCCAUGUAGAGGGGAAAAUGUCCUUUACUGAUCCGGGAAAGCAUACUCUCGAAGAAAUGGAGGCUUAUUGCAAAAGGAUGAACAUUAAGUUUGCAAAGUGAUUGAAUGUUGUAUUUAAUUUUCGUUCAGUUAAAAUUUUUUUUUUUAACUUGAGUCCAGAAUGUCCUAAGAUCAUACAUCAAAUAAAGAAAAAUGUCACUAAACAAAAAAACACCUAAGUUAACAACAUACAUAUAUUUCUUACUACAACAAAAUGGCCAAACAUUUCAAAACGGAAAAUUGAGUUCAAACCCGAUCUUAAGCAGCCAAACGAAGCUCGUAGUUAUGGUUUAAUAAAGACCUUUAAAAUUGAUACGCCAAUUCCCAUGCCCCGAAAGAAAAU